CGGCGCCGGCGCUGACGGCGGGCGAGCCGAUCGGCCCGGCAGGCGGGCCGCGGCCCGCCGCCGCGACCUCCGGCCUCCCCCUGGCGCGGAGCGUCUGCUGGCUGGCCGCGCUGAAGGUGAUCGGCGCUCCGCUGGACCGCUUCCACCUCGGCCUGCAUCCAGCGGCGGCUCCACCACCGCCAGGUGAAGCCAGCCUGCUGUGGCGCUCCAACGUUGCGUUGGUCACGCGCUGCCCAUGGCCGCCGCGCAGAUGGCACUUGGUGGUUUUGGUGCGGAAGGUCGAGCUGCUUGCCGGCGAACUUUCCCUGCGCGUCGCGGACCACACGGGCGAGUUGAGUGCCUCGGUCGACCCGCGCAUCGCGAGCGUUCGAGCAGGCGCGCUGUGCGAGGGGUCGGCGCUGCUGUUGGCCGGCGCGGUGGCGACGCCCGCGACCAGCUCAGG